AUGACCGUCAACAGGCGUGCGAGUGCAAAUGCCGUUGAAACAGCAGCGGACUUAUCGGAGCCCUCAACCUUCGAGGCGGUAGUGAGCGGCCCUGACCAAGUGCACUGGAGAAAAGCAAUUCAUGCAGAGCUCGAGUUAAUGCGACUUCGUAAUGUGUUUCGUGCAGCCAAGCUGCCUAACGGACAACGCGUCAUUAGCACAAAGUGGGUGUUCAAGAUCAAGCGCAAGGCGGAUGGGUCAAUCGAGAAGUGCUAG